GUUUGUCGCAGCCAGUAAGCGAAAGUCUCGUUACGGCGGCGGAAGCAGCUUCGCUGGAGUGAGGGGUGGGGGACAGAGUGCUAUCGGCCCGGCUGCGGCUGCGGGUCCGGAGCCCGAGGACAUUACCCCUAAAGACGGAGAGCACACAAGAGCAAGCUACAGACGGCGUGGCCGCGCCCAGGUGGAAAUGAGUUCUCAGCAGUUUCCUCGGUUAGGAACCCCUUCUCCUGGGCUUAGCCAGGCACCUUCACAGAUCGCAAGCAGUGGUUCCGCAGGAUUGAUAAAUCAAGUUGCCACAGUUAACGAUGAGGCUGGCCGAGAUGCUGAUGUUGGUACCAGGGAGCACGUGGGCCCUAGCAGCUCCCUGCCGCCCCGGGAAGAGAAGCAGGAGCCAGUUGUGGUAAGGCCCUAUCCACAAGUACAGAUGCUGCCCGCACACCAUGUCGCCUCAGCCACUCCUGUCGCAGUGACAGCCCCGCCAGCACAUCUGACACCAGCAGUACCACUCUCUUUUUCGGAAGGACUGAUGAAGCCGCCCCCGAAGCCCACCAUGCCUAGCCGUCCCAUUGCUCCUGCUCCGCCUUCUACCAUGUCACUUCCCCCGAAAGUUCAAGGACAGGUUACUGUUACCAUGGAGAGCAGCAUCCCUCAAGCUUCAGCCAUUCCUGUGGCAACAAUCAGUGGACAACAGGGGCAUCCCAGUAACCUGCAUCACAUUAUGACCACAAAUGUUCAGAUGUCCAUAAUUCGCAGUAAUGCUCCUGGGCCCCCUCUUCACAUUGGAGCUUCCCACUUACCUCGAGGUGCAGCAGCUGCUGCUGUGAUGUCCAGCUCUAAAGUAACCACAGUCCUGAGGCCAACUUCCCAGCUGCCAAAUGCUGCCACGGCACAGCCAGCAGUGCAGCACCUCAUUCACCAGCCAAUCCAGUCUCGUCCACCUGUGACCACCUCCAGUACGAUCCCUCCUGCUGUAGUGGCAACAGUCUCAGCCACCAGAGCGCAGUCUCCCGUCAUCACUACGACAGCGGCGCACGCUGCUGACUCAGCACUCAGUCGGCCUACUUUAUCUAUCCAGCAUCCACCAUCUGCAGCCAUUAGUAUCCAGCGUCCUGCACAGUCUAGAGAUGUGACAACGAGAAUCACACUACCUUCUCAUCCUGCGUUAGGGACGCCGAAACAGCAGCUCCAUACAAUGGCGCAGAAAACCAUCUUUAGUACUGGCACACCGGUGGCUGCAGCUACAGUAGCACCUAUUCUGGCAACCAACACGCUCCCUUCAACAACCACAGCUGGAUCUGUGUCGCACACACAAGCUCCCACAAGUACAAUUGUUACCAUGACAAUGCCCUCCCAUUCAUCCCAUGCUACUGCUGUGACCACUUCAAAUAUCCCCGUUGCUAAGGUGGUGCCCCAGCAGAUCACACACACUUCCCCUCGGAUCCAGCCGGAUUACCCAUCAGAGAGGAGUAGCCUGAUUCCCAUUUCCGGCCAUCGAGCCUCUCCAAAUCCUGUGGCCAUGGAGACCCGAAAUGACAACAGACCUUCCGUUCCUGUUCAGUUCCAGUACUUCUUGCCAACUUACCCGCCCUCCGCCUACCCGCUGGCUGCACACACCUACACCCCCAUCACCAGUUCUGUGUCCACUAUCCGGCAGUACCCAGUUUCUGCUCAGGCCCCAAACUCCACCAUCACAGCUCAGACUGGCGUUGGUGUAGCAUCUACAGUCCACUUGAACCCCAUGCAGCUGAUGACAGUGGAUGCUUCACACGCCCGACACAUCCAGGGGAUCCAGCCAGCACCCAUCAGUACACAGGGAAUCCAGCCAGCCCCCAUUGGGACAUCAGGUAUCCAGCCAGCACCAAUUGGCACCCAAGGAAUCCACUCAGCAGCCCCAAUCAGCACUCAGGGGCUUCAGCCAGCAGCAAUGGGUAAUCAGCAGCCUCAGCCUGAAGGAAAAACCUCAGCAGUGGUGUUGGCAGAUGGAGCUACGAUUGUAGCCAACCCUAUUAGCAACCCAUUCAGUGCAGCUCCAGCAGCAACCACAGUGGUUCAGACGCACAGUCAGAGUGCUAGCACCAACACACCAGCCCAGGGCUCUUCUCCCCGGCCCAGCAUACUGAGGAAGAAGCCUGCCACAGAUGGAAUGGCAGUUCGGAAAACUCUCCUCCCUCCUCAGCCUCCUGACGUGGCUAGUCCUCGAGUAGAAAGCUCUAUGCGGAGUGCUUCCGGGUCACCUAGACCUGCAGGUGCCAAACCUAAAUCCGAAGUGCACGUGUCUAUUGCCACUCCAGUGACAGUGUCCUUGGAGACUAUAUCCAAUCAAAAUGCUGAACAGCCUACCGUUGCUGUUCCUCCGACUGCCCAGCAGCCUCCACCGACCAUUCCCAGCAUGAUUGCGGCAGCCAGUCCUCCAUCCCAACCAGCCAUUGCUCUUUCCACCAUUCCCGGAGCUGUGCCCAUCACUCCACCCAUCACCACCAUUGCUGCUGCACCAACGCCGUCAGCCCCUGUGGGCGGCACUCCUUCCACAGUCCUGGGACCUCCUGUUCCUGAGAUCAAAGUGAAAGAAGAAGUGGAGCCAGUGGACAUCACCAGGCCUGUCUCCACAGUCCCUCCUCUGGCUACCAACACCGUGUCUCCAUCUCUUGCUUUGCUGGCAAGCAACCUGUCCAUGCCUCCAAGUGACCUCCCACCUGGUGCCUCCCCAAGGAAAAAGCCUCGAAAGCAGCAGCACGUGAUCUCGACAGAGGAGGGGGAUAUGAUGGAGACAAACAGCACUGACGACGAGAAGUCCACUGCCAAAAGUCUCCUGGUGAAGGCUGAGAAACGCAAGUCUCCUCCCAAAGAGUAUAUUGAUGAGGAAGGUGUGAGGUAUGUUCCAGUGCGACCAAGACCUCCCAUCACUUUGCUUCGUCAUUAUCGGAACCCCUGGAAAGCUGCUUAUCACCACUUUCAGAGGUACAGUGACGUCCGGGUCAAAGAGGAGAAGAAAGCUAUGUUGCAGGAAAUAGCUAAUCAGAAAGGAGUGUCCUGCCGUGCCCAAGGCUGGAAAGUCCACCUGUGUGCUGCCCAGUUACUACAGCUGACCAAUCUAGAACACGACGUUUAUGAAAGACUUACCAACCUACAGGAAGGGAUUAUCCCAAAGAAAAAGGCAGCAACUGAUGACGAUCUGCAUCGAAUAAAUGAGCUGAUCCAGGGAAACAUGCAGAGGUGUAAACUAGUGAUGGACCAAAUCAGUGAAGCCAGAGACUCUAUGCCUGGACCAGAGUUAGCCCGAGGGCCUACACUCUGUUCUCAGCUCUUCUAUGGCAUCCAGAGGCAUCUGCGGGUCCAAGAGUAA